CCAAGAUAAUCACCCAGCAUCAACUUAUCACACCAAAAUAUCUUCCUAACUUAAAGUUGGUCACUCACGUCGCCAUACACAAGGCUGAAAUGAUUUCCAUUGGUCUCAAACGCAAAUGGGAAGAUACAGAGUAUGAUUCAGACGACGAUGAACCAUCUUUCGGAAAACAAACAUUGCCCGUGGCCAAUCUGCCUAUGGACUUUGACCGCGAGCCAGAAGAUGGACUGCAAUAUCUGUUUACGGUCAGACGCGAUGCACGGCGGCUACCGCACGUCACGAGGGUCGCUAACCCGUACGAACUGCCCGAACUUGUCCCGCCGCCUGAUUUUGUGCAGCCCGACAGCUCACGUAGCAACCUUCCCUCUGAACUUUGGCGCUCUACUUUCUUAACACACUUUCGAAAUCUCAGAAAGAAUAUCGCUCAACCAACCAUCCACGUACAUAUUGAUCCACAUGGGUCACGGAAGGCUAUGCCAGAUAAGAAAGAAAGAGAUCUAUGGUGGACAUUUCUCGCCGGUUCACCGGAAUCGGACUGGAACCCACCAAAAAAAACAAAGAAAAUGUCGAAGAAAAAUAGAUCCUCCGGUCGUAUGUCAGCGUUUUGCGACGAGUUAGAGGUGGAAUAUAACACUCAUGACCAGCAAAAUUGUGACGAAACUCACGAGACCUGGCGUAUCAAUUCAGACGGCGACAUUGAACUCGCGGAGGAUAAUCUAGCAGAUACACCAUCAUCCGCAGCUGAGCCACGUCCAAAUAGUUCUGGAUUAUCUAUGUCAACAGCGGCGACAGAAUUCCGAAACACGAGUCCCCUGUCAACUCGUCCAGGCCCGGAACAGCAUUUUAACCCUCGUGAGAUCACCCCCUUAUUGCUGCAAAAAAUAGAUCAUAAUUUAUCCCUCCACCUUCUUAUGUACUUCGCUCACUGGAUGAAUAUCCACCUGCAGCACCCCGCUGAACCAACCUUUGCGAUCCUUGAGAGUCAUGCACGUUGGAUGUUUGCGUUGUUGGCUAAAGUGGAAGACUUCAUUUCAGCGGAUGACAUGAGCCAACUUAGGAGCCUAGCCCGCGCUUGUCUGGAGCUACUUGUUCGGCGACGGAAGGCCGGGGGGCCUGGAGUGCCUGAUGAUUUGUCACCCGAGAUUGGAAUGGCUGAAACAUCAUGCUGGAUAAUUUUUACUGCCGUCUCUGGCAUAUGGGGCCAAAGUGAUCUUUGGCGGGACGCGGAGACAUUAUUGGCGAGUGCUUAAUGUCGUAUGGCUAUAUCACAUCACUGGUUACCUUGAAGCUAAUUCAUCCGCGCUGAACGGCCCGCUGGUUGAUCGUGAACGCUCGUAUACACAGCAAGACGGAAACGCCAUUUGUCGACUUCCGCUUUCAAUUUCAAGUCGGAGACAUGAUUGUAAUGGUGUUUGGCGCGUGAAGCAAUGAACGACCGGUACUUCAUUCCGAUGGUGUCGGGCGUUCUCUGCGCUUCGCACCUCUCGGUGCUCAUGCAUGAUGAAUGGACGAAGCCCGGGCCUUAGACGUUCUCUUCGUCGGAAGUUCGGACAGAAAGACCUUAUAAUAGUUAUCUCUCUUGCUUAUCACACGUUGUACC